CCCUGCCCCCCCCUCCCUCUCUCUCUCUUCCCUCUGACCUUGUAGAGGGCAAGACAAGCUAGCCAAGACCAGCUGGAGAGCGAGAACAAUACCACCGACGUGUGCGCCCCUCCCGUGUUGUACCCAUCCCAUAGGUGAUGGCGGUAGCAAGGCAGGGCAUGUGUGGCGGGUGGACAGGGACCAUGGGCAUGGCGGUGGUCAUGGUGGUUGUCUGGGCUGGAGUUGUCAUGGCGCUUCCUAGCUAUGUCCGUCUGGCCCAUGUCAAUACUGAGAGCACCGGCGACGUGGCUCUGUUCAUCAAUGAUGCCGCCGCGACAGGUGUGACCGCGCUGGCCCACAAGACAGUGUCGGCGUACGUGGAGCUCGCACCGUCGGACGACCCGUACGUGCUGACGGUCCGCGCUUCGGGCUCGGUCGUCCACACCUUUCCCAACAUGACGGUGACGGCUGAUGCCGAGGCUGCGUUCUUUACCCUCUGCUUUGUCGACUCGUCGUUUGCGGGCUCACUGGUUCUUCCGGACACGGCGACUUCGACGCCGCCGGACCACGCCAUGCGGUUUGUCAACCUUGUGUACGCGGCGACGGCGACCGACGGCCCGCUCCUCAACGCUGCGUACAACUCGCGGCAAGAGUACAUGGUUGCCACUGGCCUCGUAGCCUUUGAUGGGACCAACGGCGCCGCCUUUCCGCACAAGAAAGUGCUGAUCAACGAGACGUCGUACGCGUUCUUCCGCCCGCCGCCAGCGGUCUCUGCGACGGCGACGUCGGCGACGAUUGCGCUCGCGCCGGGCGCCGCCACCUCCCUCCUGCUCCUCGCCGACAACUCGGUUGUUGUUCUUGCCAACGAGUUUACCCGUGGGCGGAGUCUCGAGCAGCUUGUUGACCUCGAUGGCGGGCGGGUCGACCGCGCGCUUGUCAUCCGCGGGACCGUGGCGGUGAAGGUCAACAGUGCGACGACGGUGACGGACUCGGUGACGCUUGCAGGCUCAGGCAGCCUGCUCGCCAGUGCGCCGCUCACCGUCGGCUCGCUGCUGGCGCUCACGGAAUCGUCGGUCUUCGCCGUCGCCGACGUCGCCGUUGUCGCCGCCCGCCUCCGCGUCGAUCUCGGCACCGUCCUCUCGUUCCGCGUCUCGUCGACUGAGCCGACGCCCCUCGUCGUCGAAGGCCGCGCCGACCUCGCCGGCAACGUCCGUGUUGUUGUCCCGGCCUCGUACAAGUUCCGCAAGGGGACGCAGUAUACAAUCCUCACCUGCUCGCCAUGUGUCGGCUCGCUCGUCAACGCCUCGGUCGUCCUCGUCGAGGAGCGCGCCGCGCUUCGCCACCGCGCCCCACUGCAGAGUCUCGUCGUCUCCGAGACCGAAGCCAUUGUGGCGUGCACGGCCUCGUCGUGCGUGGUCACCGCAGGCAAUGGCCUCCCGCCACCACCGCCGAACGUCACUAACGAUGCCAACGCGGGGCGUAUGGAGGAGUCGCGCGACUCGCGGUUCUACGAGGUCAACAAGGGCAUUCGCGAGCUGGAGUCGAAGCAAAACGUCCGCCGCGGCACAGGUCACUCGCACGACGCUUCAGUCGCCCGCUCGGCCUUUGAGGACGUCGAGGCCGUGGCCGCGGCCGCCAUGGCGGGCGCUAUCGACGACUCGUCGUCGUCGUCGUCGUACACCUUUGCGUCGGCGUCGUCGUCGUCGUCGUCAUCGUCGUGAGGUAAGUAAACACGCUCGUGCCCCA